UCAUGCAAGUCUGGAGAAUCAUGACUGUUAAUGAAAAGGGAGGGAUUAUCGUUAAUUAGCCAAAAUCUGUAGAGUACAAAAAGACCAAAGGGCAGCAUCUCAACAGUGUGACUAGCUGUUGAACAAUGGCAGGAAGUUGGUGUGUUGUUCAGUCUCUGGCACUUUGUGUUUGGUUCUGUGCUUUCUGCCAUGCCGUUCCAAAGUGGAGUAAUCUGCCCCAAAGUCCUCAAGCUCUGAUGUUCCAGCAAACUGACCAGCGGUUUCCUCAGUCAGUUCAAUGGCAAGCUAGUCAACAGUUUUCUAAGCCAGUUCAACAUCAAGCUAGUCAACAGUUUCCUCAGUCAGUUCAACGGCAAGUUAAUCAACAGUAUCCUAAGCCAGUUCAACAGCAAGCUGGUCAACAGUAUCCUCAGUCAGCUCAAUGGCAAGCUGGUCAACAGUAUCCUCAGUCAGCUCAAUGGCAAGCUAGUCAACAGUUUCCUCAGUCAGUUCAACAGCAAGCUAGUCAACAGUUUCCUCAGUCCGUUCAACAGCAAGCUAGUCAACAGUAUCCUAAGCCAGUUCAACAGCAAGCUGGUCAACAGUAUCCUCAGUCAGCUCAAUGGCAAGCUGGUCAACAUUAUCCUCAGUCAGCUCAAUGGCAAGCUAGUCAACAGUAUCCUCAGUCAGUUCAGCAACAAGCUAGUCAACAGUAUCCUCAGUCAGUUCAACAACAAGCUAGUCAACAGUUUCCUCAGCAGUUUCAGCCUAAACAGCCAGUGGCACAGGCAGAGCCCCUUGACAAAUGUGCUGUAGCUGAUUAUGAGCAGAUCCAAUGUGGACCACCUGGUAUCAGUGGUGCUGAGUGUGCAGCUAUUAACUGCUGCUUUAACGUACAGCAGUGUUACUAUGGGAAGGUCGUGACUGUCCAGUGUAUAAGAGACGGUCAGUUUGUGGUAGUGGUGGCUAGAGAUGUCACGCUGCCUCGUUUGAGCCUGGAUUCAGUCCGUCUCCUGGGUGGAAAUGAUCCAGCUUGCAGUCCUGUGGGAUCCACACCUUUCUUUGCUAUAUACCAGUUCCCUGUCACUGCGUGCGGCACGAGCAUGACAUGUAGGUACUCUGGUGCUUCUGUGGAAGCUCUGGUUGUGGAGGUCAACACUGUUCCUCCACCUCCACCAGUAGCUGCUCCUGGACCCCUCAGGGUGGAGCUUAGACUAGCAAAUGGUCAGUGUUCCACCAAAGGCUGUGCGGAAGGGGACGAGGCGUACACUUCCUACUACAGUGAUGCUGAUUAUCCUGUUACAAAAGUCCUGCGGGAGCCUGUGUAUGUUGAGGUGCGCGUUUUGGAGAGGACCGACCCCAACAUUGUCCUUAUGCUGGGACAUUGCUGGGCGACAUCAAUCCCCAGUCCACUCAGUCUACCCCAAUGGGACCUUCUGGUUGAUGGAUGCCCUUACCAGGAUGAUCGUUACCUGACCACAUUGGUUCCAGUGGCUGGAUCGUCUGGUCUUCAGUUCCCAACCCACUACAAGCGCUUUAUUGUGAAGAUGUUCACAUUUGUUGAUCCAUCAUCACUGGCUCCUCUGCAGGAAACCAUCUUCAUCCACUGUAGUACAGCAGUGUGCCAUCCCUCUUCUGGCUCCUGUGAGCAAAGCUGCACUAGGAAAACUGAUUAUGAGCAGAUCCAAUGUGGACCACCUGGUAUCAGUGGUGCUGAGUGUGCAGCUAUUAACUGCUGCUUUAACGGACAGCAGUGUUACUAUGGGAAGGCCGUCACUGUCCAGUGUAUAAGAGAUGGUCAGUUUGUGGUAGUGGUGGCUAGAGAUGUCACGCUGCCUCGUUUGAGCCUGGAUUCAGUCCGUCUCCUGGGUGGAAAUGAUCCAGCUUGCAGUCCUGUGGGAUCCACACCUUUCUUUGCUAUAUACCAGUUCCCUGUCACUGCGUGCGGCACGAGCAUGACAUGUAGGUACUCUGGUACUUCUGUGGAAGCUCUGGUUGUGGAGGUCAACACUGUUCCUCCACCUCCACCAGUAGCUGCUCCUGGACCCCUCAGGGUGGAGCUUAGACUAGCAAAUGGUCAGUGUGUCACCAAAGGCUGUGCAGAAGGGGACGAGGCGUACACUUCCUACUACAGUGAUGCUGAUUAUCCUGUUACAAAAGUCCUGCGGGAGCCUGUGUAUGUUGAGGUGCACGUUUUGGAGAGGACCGACCCCAACAUUGUCCUGAUGCUGGGACAUUGCUGGGCGACAUCAACCCCCAGUCCACUCAGUCUACCCCAAUGGGACCUUCUGGUUGAUGGAUGCCCUUACCAGGAUGAUCGUUACCUGACCACAUUGGUUCCAGUGACUGGAUCGUCUGGUCUUCAGUUCCCAACCCACUACAAGCGCUUUAUUGUGAAGAUGUUCACAUUUGUUGAUCCAUCAUCACUGGCUCCUCUGCAGGAAACCAUCUUCAUCCACUGUAGUACAGCAGUGUGCCAUCCCUCUUCUGGCUCCUGUGAGCAAAGCUGCACUAGGAAAAGAAGGGACACUCCCAUCAAGACCAUCUCUAGUGGGCAAACUGUGGUGUCUAGUGGAGAAGUUAACCUGGUCAUGUGA